UUCGAAAUCGGAUCACUUUCGAUAGUCCACGCAAACUUGCAAUAAUUUAUCAAAAAAACGUCCAGUCGUGUUGUGUCUCAUCCGGGGUUAAAUGUCAUAUUCAAGUGUGAUAAGAGUACCAUUUUUGCAGAGCAUAUAAAAGGACGUGAACCCGCUUGUCUCCAGUUCCAUAAUCUUUAGCGGCACGCGAUUGGAGGGAAUUGUGUCACGUGAUCGGGAUACCGUUUGCAAAAUCGUGAAGUGAGCCAGACUUCAUUGAGACAGUGCUAAUGUCGGUGUAGGUACAACAUUCAAGAUUGUAAGUGUUGCGUGAAAGUGCAAUGUCGGCCCAGACCAUUACCACAACGGAAACUUCCCAAAAUGCCCACAAACCGCAGCAGUACCAAUGGAAGAUGGUCUGGAGGAACAUCAUCCUCUACAUAAUAAUGCACAUCACUGGUUUCUACGGACUAUACCUUGCCGUGUUCCAUGCCCAAUGGAAAACAGUCUUUUACAGUUGGUUCCUUCUGAUCAUAGCCCUGCAAGGAGUAACAGCUGGCAGUCACCGACUUUGGGCCCAUAAGGCCUACAAAGCGCGAUUACCCCUUCGUAUGCUACUUUGUAUUUUCCAAACCUUGUCCCUUCAGAACCAUAUUUACGACUGGGCAACGUACCAUCGCGUCCAUCAUAAAUACGUUGAUACCAAUGCCGACCCACACAACUCCCGUCGAGGGUUCUUCUUCUCCCAUAUGGGUUGGUUGUUCAUUGAACCCCACAGAGAUGUGGAAGAUAAAUACAAAUCGAUCGAUUUUAGCGACUUAGAGGCUGAUUCGGUGGUCAUGAUCCAAAAAAAGUACUACCACGUAUUUUUCGCUCCAGUUAUCGGAUUUUAUCUACCAGCAGCAAUUCCGUGGUACUUCUGGGGGGAAAACUUCUGGACUGCAUUUUUCGUUGCAUCCAUGCUCCGGUAUUGCGCUUGUACCAACAUAACGUUCCUUGUGAACAGUUGGGCCCAUAUUUAUGGGUCCCGUCCAUACGACAAGAACAUUUAUCCGACUGAAAGUCCCACUGUUGCGGUCUUGACCGGUGGUGAGGGUUGGCACAACUACCAUCACACAUUCCCAUGGGAUUAUAAGACCGGGGAGUUUGGGAAAUACAGGAGUAACCUUACUACCGGUUUCCUUGACUUUAUGGCCGCCAUAGGCUGGGCCUAUGACCUCAAAACCGUGUCAGAAGAAAUGAUAAUGAAGAGGGUGGUAAGAACCGGCGAUGGUACUAGGAAAUUUGAUAAAAUCGAUAAAAUACUCAAUGCGGAUGAUGACCACCACCAUGAAGACAUGGUUUGGGGUUGGGGGGAUAAAGAUAUGGCCAAAGAAGAAAUGAAUUAUGUCAAAAUACACAAUCGGAAAGAAGACUAAAUCUAGUUCGUUAAUUAAUUUAUUAUUAUCAAAUGGUUUACUUUGAGGUACUCCAGGUCAAGUCAUUGAACAAUAGAUAAUAAAAUUUUUAAUUUA